ACACAUUCUGGCUCCCUCUCUCUCUCUCUCUCUCUUCCCACUCUACCUCCCCCUCUCUCUCUUUCUCUCUCACUUUCACACACUGUCACACUCGCCUUCUUCCUCUUCUUCUUCUUCUUCUUCUUCUUCUUCUUCCUCUUCUUCUUCUCAAUGGAGGAGACCAGGAGAAGAAAGCAGCCCACUGGUCUGGCCAAGGGCAGCGUUGACAAAGGUGCAUCUGCAAAAAAAGAGGGAUGUGAUUCAUCGAGCAGCACAGAGGAGAAGUCAGGUAUUAUAGAUGGAGAUACAGAGGCAGCAGCCAGACUGACCUCAUCCCCUGCAGCCGAGAACAUGCUGAACGGCACCGAAUGCGAUGACGUGCAGCACAACAACCCGGCGGCGGCGGCCAACAGCAAGACGCUACUGCUGGUGAACGAGAACGGCACGUUGGACACGGAGCCGCCGCACGGUUCCGUUACUGGAAGCAAUGGAUUUAUUCUGACUAAGCAGCAGCAGGACGGAGGCUCUGCAGCUGCAGCGCUGUCCCCCCACAGGACUAACUGGCUGCCCACGGGCGCCACAGCAGGGGGGCACACGGACAAACCCGCGCACGCCUCGCCCUCACAGAGUCCAGGCGUACUAAGGACUGACCCCAGUACAGGGACUACGUCGGGACAGGGACCAUCAGACACUAAAAACGGCCCAGCCUCCCCCCCUGCCCUGAACCUGGUACCCAUCACAAUACACCGAGCACGCAAGACCAUGUCCAGACCUGCUGUCAGCCCGGCACAGAAGCUUCUUAACAGGGAAUUAAGAGAAGCGAAAAGUGCCAAAUUGGAAAAAAUGGAGCCUACGGUUGCGUCCGACAUGCAGAAAUCCCCGCAGCAGCAGCAGCAGUCGUCCUCUCAGAACCAGCUACCUCAGAAUCCACCGGAAACGCCAACGUCAGCACAAACGGCUUCAUCAACUUCACCAGCACCUCCUGCAGCUCCUUCAGCUCCAGCUUCAGCCAGGCUCCAUCUAGGCUCGUACUCAGGAGGGCUGGUGUCCCGUAAAAAGAAGAGGAGGAUGGGGACGUACAGCCUGGUCCCCAAGAAGAAAACCAAAGUGCUUAAGCAGAGAACGGUGUUGGAGAUGUUCAAUGAGCUCCACCAGUCCGCCAAGAGUCCACAGACUAAACAGGUAACAAACAUAAAUGGGGAGAAGAUGGAGAACCCGUCUGAGGAGGAGGAGUCAGAGGAGGUGGAGGAGUCUGAAGAGGAGGAGCGUCAGCAGCCUCCAUCAGAACCACAACCCUCCAGUAAAGUCAAUCAGACGUCAGAAUUCAUGUCUCAGGUGGGAGAAGAGCAGGAGACUGAAGAAUCUGCAGAAGAGGAGGGAGAGGAGGAGGGCACGGAGUCGGACUUGAGCACGGAAUCCAGUCUGAAGAAGAAGCUGAAAAAGAAAACAAAAGCAGACAGCGCCUGGCUCAGGCCGUCCAGGAAACGGAAGAGGAGGAUAAAGGCUAAAGAACCGGAGGCGGCGGAUCAGCCCCAGGCCUCGGCUCAGCCUCAGUCAGACGAUGGGAAGGAGUUCACUCCCAUUCUCCGACCGGAGUCCGUCGCCCUGAACAAACCCCCGGAGGUGGCGGUCCUCCAGCAGAACAAAGGAGAACUGAGGAACUCUCUGAAGUCGGCGGUGGAGGAGGCCCAGGAGCUGCCGCUGUGCAGCUGCCGCAUGGAGACGCCCAAGAGUCGAGAGAUCCUCAUCCUGGCCGACAGGAAGUGCAUGGCCACGGAGAGCGUGGACGGACAGCUGACGCGCUGCCAGAGCGCCGUGCUCAAACACGAGAUGAUGCGUCCGUCCAACUCGGUGCAGCUGCUGGUUCUGUGUGAGGACCAUCGCAGCGGGAUGGUCAAGCACCAGUGCUGCCCAGGAUGUGGAUUCUUCUGCAGAGCUGGGACCUUCAUGGAGUGCCAACCAGACGUCAGUAUCUCCCACCGCUUUCAUCGUGCCUGUGCGUCAGUGUUGAAAGGUCAGAGCUUCUGUCCUCACUGUGGAGAAGAGGUCAGCAAGGCCAAAGAGGUGACCAUCGCCAAGGCCGACACCACGUCCACCGUCCCCCCCGCCCUCGUCCACGGACCCGCCACGCCCGGCGCCCCAGAGGGCCGGGCGGACACCACCACCGACAGCUCCUCCAGUCUGGCCGUCAGCGCUGAUAUGGGCCGGGCCGACAGUUCUUUGUCCGUUCAUCCCGCUCUGGGACUCGACGUCCCUGUCGUCCCCGCUUUGUCCAGGACGCCGACGCUUCACGCCGACGCAUCGGCAGCAACCCACAGCAUUCAUUCAGGACCCCCUAAAGACACUCUGGAGAGCAUCCUGGUCGCUCUGGACACGGAGAAGCCUAAGAAGCUGCGUUUUCACCCCAAACAACUUUACCUCUCAGCCAAACAGGGGGAACUCAAGAAGGUCCUGCUCAUGUUGGUGGACGGUAUUGAUCCAAACUUUAAGAUGGACUCUCAGAACAAACGCACUCCGCUCCAUGCUGCGGCCGAAGGCGGACACAUCGACAUCUGCCACAUGCUCGUACAAGCCGGUGCAAACUUGGACAUGUGUGACGAAGACCAGAGGACGCCGCUGAUGGAAGCCUGUGAGAACAACCACAUGGAGACGGUGUUGUACCUGCUGAGGGCCGGCGCCAGCGCCACGCACAAGGACGUUGAAGGGUUCACGUGUCUCCAUCUAGCGGCGAAAUCUGGUCAUUACAAGAUCGUCGAGCACCUUCUGUCCACCGGGCUCAUCAACAUCAACUGCCAGGAUGACGGCGGCUGGACAGCCAUGAUCUGGGCCACAGAGUACAAACAUGUGGACCAGGUGAAGCUGCUUCUGUCCAAAGGAGCCGACAUCAGCAUCAGGGACAAGGAGGAGAACAUCUGCCUCCACUGGGCGGCGUUCUCCGGCAGCGUGGAGAUCGCAGAGCUGCUCCUGGACGCCAACUGUAACCUGCAGGUGGUCAACAUCCACGGAGACUCGCCGCUGCACAUCGCCGCUCGGGAAAACCGCCUCGACUGCGUAACACUCUUCCUGUCCAGGGGAGCCGAUGUGUUUCUGAAGAACCGCGAGGGGGAAACGCCUCCAGACUGCUGCAGCCACAACUCCAAGGCCUGGGCCGCCCUGCAGGCCAACAAGAGAGAGAGGAGCACCAGGCUGAGCCGGACCGAGCAGAAACUACUGCACAGCGACAUCGCUCUGGGUCAGGAGGCGGUCCCCAUCCCUUGCGUCAACUCGAUCGACAGCGAGCCUUUUCCAGACGACUACAAAUACAUCCCCGAAAACUGCGUGACCUCGCCCAUGACCAUCGACAGGAACAUCACACACCUACAGUACUGUGUUUGUAAGGAGGACUGUUCAGCCAGUAUCUGCAUGUGUGGACAGCUCAGUCUGCGCUGCUGGUACGACAAGAGCGGUCGACUUCUGCCUGAGUUCUGCCGUGAAGAGCCUCCUCUCAUCUUCGAGUGUAACCACGCCUGUUCCUGUUGGAGAACCUGCAAGAACCGCGUGGUGCAGAAUGGACUCAGGACCAGACUGCAGCUCUUCAGGACCAGUAAGAAAGGCUGGGGCGUCCGGACGCUGCAGGACAUCCCCCAGGGGACCUUCGUAUGCGAGUACGUAGGGGAGAUCAUCUCCGAGGCUGAGGCAGAGAUGAGACAAAAUGACGCGUACCUAUUCAGUCUGGACGAUAAGCCGCAAGAUCAAUACUGCAUCGACGCCCGUUUCUAUGGCAACAUCAGCCGCUUCCUCAACCACAUGUGCGAGCCCAACCUGUUCGCCUGUCGAGUGUUCACCACGCACCAGGACCUGCGGUUCCCACACAUUGCCUUCUUCGCCAGCGAGAACAUCCAAGCAGGAGAGGAGCUGGGGUUUAACUAUGGCGACCACUUCUGGGAAGUCAAAUGCAAGCUGUUCAGCUGCGAAUGCGGCUCGUCCAAGUGUAAGUACUCGGCGGUCGCCAUGGCGUCGCUGCAGGCCGACAGCACGCCGGAGGACCAGCGGCAGCCCAGUGCCUCGCCCGACACCAGCUCUUCCACCAGCCCCUCCAGCCCGUCGUAAAGCCUCCUCACACUACACACACACACACACACACACACACACACACACACACACACACCUGCGAACGUACAACCGACAGACGGACCCACUUCUAUGAACUUCAACCUUUUAUCGGUGAACUCGUACUGUAUCUUCAUUUCGUAUGGAAUCUCCGGACCAUCGCCAUGUUUGUCAAACUCAUGAACCUGAUGCACACUCAGCUCCUGGACGAACCGUCUGCUGCAAACCACACACAGGACGACCUGCCACGGUUCACACGGACGCAAAAGGACACCUGUGCAUUCUGUCUUUAGUUUAUUUUUUACAUGAUUGAUUGAAUGUGGCUUCGUAGAGUGGAGGAAAUUUGGGGGCGGGGGGGUUGGAGGCUGUCGUCGUCUCGUCCGAAGGCGAACGGUUUGACCUGUUGGGUCAUUUAUCAUAAACCAUUCCAGGAAAAUUAGCUGUUCAAUCUGAAUUUUUGCCACUUUUUUGUGUCAUUUUCUCUCUCAGUGUUUAAAAAUAUCCAAUAUUUGCCUCUUGAUUAAAUAACUGAAAAGAAUUCAGCAAAGAAAUGGUGCAAAAAGUGCAUUUUUAUUUGCGAGUGAGCAUGGAUUGUCCGAUAGGAAGAGGCUGUUCCAUUCCUCUGAAGUGGAGACAUGAAUCAAUCGGCCGACGUUUUUAUUGAGCAUGUUUAAGGGUUUCUUCAUGUGUCAGAUAAUUGGCCACAUCUGUGGAAGAAAUGGAGUCAAAUGGUGCUGACAAAGGUUUUAACUUUUGUUUUCAUUUUUUUAUGACCCAAGUGAACAUAGUUUGUACAAAAAGAGAAAGUUUUAAGUUUUUUAUGUUUAACUUUAUCUCCAGUUUUCUAAUCGUAGUGACUGUAGUUAGUCUGUUUUUUUUUUUUUUUUAAUUUCAUGAUUUUGCCGACAGAAGCCAACCCGUCUUUUUAAAUGUUGUUAGUAAAGCAGUGACUGUUGUGCAAAGUCUUGAAAGGUAUAAACGGGGGAAAAGGUUAUAAAAAAUGCACCUUCAUUGCAUUCUGUUACAUAUUUCUUGACCGUGAAGCAUCCAUCUGAUUGGUUGUAUCUUUUUCAAUAAAUUUACUACUAAUGCAUUUA